CUCCCUCUUUGGCAGACCAGAGAAGCGGGAGAGACGUAGAUAAAGCGACAGUCACAGAGGAACAAGAAAUGGGAAUGGCCGUUUCAGUGAAGAAAUAGGAUAAACAUACAGACAUCCGACCUCCUUUUCUUUGUUGUUUUUUUUUAUUCUUUUGUCAAGAAAUGACGACGGGGAUGUUGCAAGAUCAGAAUCUGGAGAAGCAGAUUGAGAAACAAAUGGGUUGCAUGGCUGGAUUCCUUCAUAUCUUCGAUCGUCAUCAGAUUUUGGCCGGAAAACGCCUCUACUCGACUAAACGCCUCCCUCCCUCGGUUGGGAACUCAACGCCACCGCCGGAGAAUGUGGUUUCCUCGCUGGAGGUAUCGGCGGAAUUGGAAAAACCACAGCAAACUAGAACGGCGUCUUCUCCGGACCGAGUGAUGCAUUUUGCUCCCACGACGGAGCUUCGAUCUCCGGGGACUGAGCCAGCCACUCCUGUGGAAAGCAAGCCCAAACAGCCCCGUCCGCUUCCGAUUUUUGAAUACAAGGAAGGGAAUCGGUCUUUAUGGAAGUUUUCGCGAGAAGCUCCACGGCUUUCGUUGGAUAGCAGAGCCAUUGUUGACGGGAAAGGCAGCAUUUAUCCGAGGGAGAUCCGAACCAACGCCUCUAUUCUGUCUACAAAUCGCAGUGAAACCUCAACCGAAGAAGGUGAUGAACAGCGUCGGUCUCCGAGUGUUAUUGCUAGAUUAAUGGGGCUCGAACCAUUGCCUAACUCGGAACCAGAACCGAUCAGGAAAGCCGAGCUUCGAAGAUCGGCUUCCGAGUCAAGAGUUUGUAAAGAUUUCUACCAGAAUCGCUUCGUCGACGGCAACAAUUUCAGACUUAAACAAUCUCAACAUCCGAGCUCGCAGGAUAAUAAUGGAAGCAGUGUACUGAUGAUGAAUGCUGCAAACAUGGACCACAGCUCAAAUUCCAAAGUGCUAGACAGAAACGACUUUGCAGCUAGAAGUACUAAGACUGAGCCUGUUAGGUCUCACAGAGGAUUGGGACCGCGUAAGAUUUUCUUCGAUUCCGCAGACAUUUUUCCUGAGACGAAGCAGCCUGCAUCAAUCUACGGAGAGAUAGAGAAGAGGUUGAGGAUGAGAGGAAUUGAUGAACCUUCAAAAGAUUUGGAAACCUUGAAACAAAUCCUCGAAGCACUUCAACUCAAGGGACUUCUUCAUUCCAAGAAGCCUCCAAGCCAGAGGAACUUUGUCUAUGAUCGCACUUCUUCACAAAACGAAUCUCCGAUUGUGGUGAUGAAGCCUGCUAGAUCACCAACUGCGGUCAAUCGUUUAGGAAGAAUCGGUAACGAUUCGCCACCUUCGAGUUACAGAUCAAGACAAGUGAAUCGCCGGAAUGGUAAUGUUACGGGCGAAACAAUGCCGGCUGUGACCUCGAGGCGCGAUCGUUUGGAGUUUGAUCGAAAUAUACGAAACCAAAACAGAGGUAGAUUCUCGAGCUCUCCAACAACUAGAUGCGACAGUAACGUGAAAAGUCCGAGUAGAAGAGGACUGUUCGUAGAAACGCAGAGAAGAGUUAGCGAUCCUGUAGAUCAGAGAAGGGCUUCUCCGGUUCAACCAUCGAAGACAAAUUCAUCAAAAGUCGGAUCAGAUCCCCAAAUCACAAACCGAUCGCCAAGAAACAGGAAACCAACGGCUUCUGUUCAUCAUCCAAAAGAACGGAAGAUUUACGUAUCUCAAGCAGAGGACGAAUCGUCCACAUUCUCAGAAAGCAGCAUUAGCAACUCAUCACAAACGGACACGGAGAGGUCCAACAAGAUCGAGGAGUACAAGGAGGGUCGUAGUCUGUUGGAGAGGUGCGAUAAGCUUCUUCACAGCAUAGCAGAAAUCACAGCGACUGAGUUGCAACCGAGUCCUGUCUCGGUACUUGACUCGUCUUUUUACAAGGAGGAGUCGUCGCCAUCGCCUGUACUAAAACGGCAAAUAGAUUUCAAGGACCAAGUGGUUGAUGUGGAAGAUGCGUGGUUUCAAGCUAUCUCAUCCGUGGAAUCGAGUUUGGUCGAUGGAUCCAACGACUGUGAUUUGGUUUACGUUAUGGAUGUUCUCCGAGCCUCACGUUGCCUGCAAGAUGACGACUCCGAUAUUUUCCUAUUGUUAGAGGAGCAACAGUACCUGAAAGGGAAGGAUGUCUCCAAGGUGUCAAGCCUUCAAAGGAGGCUAAUUUUCGACACAAUAAAUGAAAUUCUCGAUCGAAACAGGCAAUUGCCACCAUGGAAAUCCAUGGCGGAGUCGACUUCAGUGCAGGAGAUUUGGUUCGAGUUUCAGCGAAUGAGGGACCGGGAAGACGAAGAAGCAUCAGAGGACUUGUUUGAGGUGAUCUGCAGUGUCCUAAAGAAGGACCUAACAAGGGAUGGUGGUAGUGGAUGGAGGGACUCGGCUGUUGAAACAUCCCAAGCUGUUUUAGACAUGGAGAGGCUAAUAUUCAAAGACUUGAUAGGGGAAACCAUCCGUGAUCUCGCUGCCAAUAAUGGAAUAAACAUGCCUAGAAGGAAGCUGGUGUUCUGAAAGGCAAAGGCUAAAAAGGCAAAGUUCCCUAUCCUUUCAGCUAAUUAUUUUUAGACAAAUGCUAAUGUUAGUCAUCUGUUUGUCAUGGGGGAGAGAAAGAACAGGAAAAUCUAAGAAUAACCCUUUUUCUUAAGGAAAAAAAGAAUGAAAAAUUGAUCUGUAUGUAUAAAACAUGCAUUUACUCAUAAAAUAGUGAAGUGGGGAGGAGGGGGUGGGUGGGAGGUUGCUCUGUAGUGUUGAUUUCAUGUGAGAAAAAGAAAGGGAAAGUGUUUGAUAAUUAAAAAUUCCUCAUGUGAUAGGUAAAAGUGACCUGAAAAGCAGGGGAAUUCAUGUGCUCUCUCUCUCUAAUUUCCACAACUUAAAUCAUUUAGGUUUGGGUUCGAAGGUUAGAAAAUGUAUGUGGUGCGGGUUAAUCUC